GAAUAUGUUGGACCGGGGAGCAGUAAGCAAGUUAUUGUCUGGUGAGAAUAUCAAGUGUAGGGAUGUGGAGGAUGUCACUAACAAGAUAUGCAACAUGAAACAAGAUGGCUACUCCACUCUUCAGGUGCUGGCAGAUUUCGACUACACGAUCUCCCACUGCCGUUUUGAGAAGGAGAGGAUGAGUAGCUCGUUUGGGGCCCUGGAGAGAUACUCAGGGAUGUCUGAGGAGUUCAGAACCAAGACAAGGGCUCUCUAUGAUCACUUCUACCCUCUAGAAGUGGAUCCUACUAUUCCCGCCGAGGAGAAGAUCGGGCUGAUGACUGAGUGGUUUACGAAUUCAGCUGGUUGUAUAAUCUCGGAAGGGGUGACAAAAGAGACGGUGGCAAGCGCGGCGGACUCUUCCAAAGUUAAACUCCGGGGCAAGUUUGAUGUGUUCGUGGAGUCCUUACAAAGGGAGGAGGUACCACUGCUGGUUUUCAGUGCUGGGGUUGGACAAAUCAUCGAGCGGGUACUCUCAAACGCUGAAAUCUCAACGAAAAACGUCAAAAUGAUAGCCAACAUGCUGGAAUUCAACUCCGAGAACACCGCCGUGCAAUUCCGCCCCCCACUUAUCACCACCGGGAACAAAUCCAAAGUGGCCGCUCAGGAGAAAGAGUACUUCAACUCUAACAUAAACCGAGUUAAUAGCAUUCUUCUGGGGGACAACAUUGAGGACAUACAGAUGGCAGCGUGUGUCAGGAACUACUCUAGAAACGUUUUAACUAUUGGCUUUUUAAACGAUAGAGUAGAGGACAGGUUGGAUUUGUACAAAUCUAAGUUUGAUAUGGUUAUGUUAAACGACCCUGAUUUUACUGAUAUCCUCCAUCUGUUUGAGUGUUUGCAGUGAGAUUAGCUACGUAUCUGGGAUUAUUUUAUUAGCAUGUAUUAUAGAGGGGGGGCCCCCUAUAGAGUUACUGUAUAUUUGAUGCAAUUUUGCUUUGCCAUGAUUAAGAUCUUAAUGAAUGGUUACAGUUUAUAUAACCGUUAAACUAGGAAGACCAAGUGAGUCUGAUUUGUAGCAGUCAUUCCAUAAUCCAUAUUGAUAUAUUAUGUUGUCCUGGUUGCAGCC